GGACUUGUUCUGAUAUGAUAUUGGCCACUUCGAAGAUUUCUCCGGGGGGAAUCCGGAACCGGUUCCGGAGUGGCCAGUGGCCAGAAAAUCAUUUUGGAAGACCAUUUUUGAGAUGUGUUGACAAAAUGAAGAAUUUUGAUACCCAUAUUGAUGGGCUUUGCUCUGAUAUGAUAUUGGCCACUUCAUAGGUUCUCCGGGGGUACCCAGAACCGGUUCCGAAGUGGCCAGGGUCCAAGAACUGACCUCAAAUUAACUUUUCUGAGUUGGUCAUUCAAAAUCAUGAAGUUUAAUACCCAUAUUGCCUAUGUUUGAUCGGAUUGGAUACGGGUUAAUAUCAAAAUACCAAAAGUACGUCGUUUAUCGACCACCCAGUUUCUUUGGAUGACCCCCAAAAAAGUUCAUAUUUUCACCAAACAUUCUCCAAGAUGUGUACAACAAUUGAUUGAAAGGGUUUUACGAUAUCUUCAAUCCAAAAAUUAUAAAAAAUCAAACAGUGAAAAAAAUAACCCUGUGUGGCAAAGUUAAUCUCCCCUUAAUGUGGAUGGUUUGAUUUUUGCCAUUCCAUUUCUGGUCAACCUAACCUUGCAAAGGUGUCUAAAUCAAGAUAUCUUAUCUGGUAACAUCUAGGAUUACCAAUUUUAUCUAUCGAGUUACCAAAAUUUCAUCAAUGCAUAUGUCGCGUGCCCAUUAGUUGGUGUCCAGAAGUGAACCAAGUCAUACCACCGAAAUAACCUCAAAAAAUGGAGACAAGUGAUCUACCGAGCAACGCCUCCUUGGAUCGGUUUUUCUUCCAAGAUCGUUGGAACUCCCUGCUGGACGUGAUUGGUGACGAUCCCGAGUUCCUGUACAUCUGGGCGUUGACCACCUGGGUCAACGGAUUCUUCUGGGCGUUCGGCGGCCUAUUUGUACUGAUGGACGUCACGAAUCGACCGAGAUUCCUCCGAAAGUACAAAACACAACCCGGUAUGAACGAACCACUGGAGUGGGAUGGGUUGUGGAAGGUCGUCAAGACAAUUCUGUUCAACCAGACUGUGAUUGGAGUUCCGCUGACGUACGUUGGGUUCCACACGGCUGGCAAGUCCAACCUUCCGGAUGUCCGCGUGCUGCCAACUGGUUGGGAAGUGCUCCGAGAUCUGGCCGUUAGUUUGUUCUUCGCGGAAGUUGGUUUCUACUACGUCCAUCGGUUGCUACAUCUGAAGCCCCUCUACAGGUACGUCCAUAAACGGCACCACGAGUGGACGGCCCCUUUCGCUUGGGCCGCCAUGUACUGCCACCCGGUGGAGCACGUCGUAAGCAACAUGAUUCCACCGAUCAUCGGCAUCCACCUGAUGAAGAGCCACCUGGCCACGGCCGCCCUCUGGUUCCCGCUGGUCAUCGUCAACACCGUGCGGGACCACUGCGGGUACCAUUUGCCGUUUUUCCCAAGUGCUGAGUACCACGACUACCAUCACGCAAAGUUCACGGAGUGCUUCGGUACCUUUGGCUAUCUGGACUGGCUGCAUGGCACCGACAAAGGGUUUCGGAAGAGUAAACAGUGUCUGCGGCAUCGGGUUUUGUGGACCACCAAGUCAGCGCGGGAACUUUACCCCGAUAAGUGA